UUGUGAAGCUCCUGCAAGCUGCUUGAAGCCUGGCUUAGCAAUGAAUGGCAAUAAGCAAGCAUUAUUCUUUCAGUGUCAGAUGUGCACAUAACCUAGAAACUUCUGUGGUGUAUAUUUUGUUUUGAUUUAAAGUUGAUAACAUCAACGCUAUCAUCAAAUAAGGACCUGAAUAAAUGCACGAUUACAGUUGAUUUAAAGGAAAGGAAGAUUUAUAGCUUUUCAAAGUAAUUCUUUUAAUUCAAUAUACAUGGCGUCGCCUGCUCCAAAAUCUCCAGAGCAGAAUGAGAAAACGAAGAAAUACGAUAGACAACUUAGAUUGUGGGGAGACCACGGGCAAUCAGCACUAGAAUCGGCACACGUUUGUCUCAUCAAUGCAUGUGGAAUGGGAACAGAAAUACUGAAGUCCCUGGUUCUUCCUGGCAUUGGAGCAUUUACCAUUGUAGAUGGUAAGGUCAUAUCUGAAGAGGAUGUGGGUUCAAAUUUCUUCAUGGAUGUGGAGAGUAUAGGAAAAUCCCGGGCAGAAGUAGCGACUCAGCUGCUUCUGGAACUGAAUGCAGAUGUCCGUGGAGAUUAUGUUGAUGAAAAUCCUCUUCAGCUAUUUGAGAACAAUCCCCACUUCUUCAGUGGUUUCAGUGUUGUUGUUGCCACCGGCAUAACUGAAAGACUUCUAGUACCCCUCUCAAAACAUCUCUGGUCAGCUGGAAUCCCUCUGAUUGUCGCCUGCAGCUAUGGUUUCAUUGGCUCUGCCAGGGUACAAGUGAAGGAACACACUGUGAUAGAGUCCCAUCCAGAUAACAUUACGCCGGACCUGCGGCUGGACACCCCCUUUCCCUCCCUGCGGCAGUACAUGGACAGCAUAAACCUGCAGGAGUUGGACCUCAAGGACCACUCUCACACUCCAUAUCUUGUGCCUCUCUACAAGUGCCUGAUCAGAUGGAGGGAAGAAAAUGGUGGAUCUCUGCCGAGAACCUACAAGGAGAAAGAGGCGUUAAGAGAAAUCAUCAGAAAAGAAAUCAGAAGGGAUGAACAUGGAAACCCAGUUGAUGAAGAAAACUUUGAAGAAGCAAUCAGAGCUGUUAACUUUGCUGUGUUACCAACUACAGUACCAAAAAAUAUUGAAGAGAUUUUAAAUGAUGACUGCUGUAUUAAUUUAACCUCAAAGAGCAAACCUUUUUGGAUAAUCGCAAAGGCUGUGAGAGAUUUUGUAGAGAAUGAAGGCGCAGGUACUUUACCGUUGAGAGGUUCUCUGCCCGAUAUGACAGCUGAGACAGCUCGAUAUAUCACACUACAACAGUUGUACUACAACAAAGCAAGCAGAGAUGCAGAAGUGGUGUACCGCAGAGUACAGCAGCUCCUGCACCAGUUGAACCAGCCAGACGAUACAAUAUCAGAAGCCGAUGUGAAACAGUUUUGUAGACACGCAGCCAGUCUUGCAGUGAUCAGGGGAACCUGUCUCGCAGAUGAGUAUGAUCCUCGUUCACCAGCAGUCAAUACAAUUGCCCAAAGCCUUGAAAAUCCAGACAGCCUGAUAGUAUACUAUGUGAUGCUGAGAGGAGUGGACCGCUUCUUUGCCGAAUACAAUACUUAUCCUGGGGAGUUUGAUGAUCAAGUAGAGCCUGAUAUUGUUAAAUUGAAGGCAUGUAUAGCCAAGCUGCUCAAUGAGUGGGGUUGUCCAACUCUAGCUAAAGACGACUACGUCCAUGAAAUUUGUCGGUACGGAGGUGCUGAACUCCAUUCUGUCUCAGCAUAUAUGGGUGGUUGUGUCGGCCAAGAAGUCAUCAAACUCGUCACAGGACAAUACAAGCCUAUAAAUAACACAUUUUUGUAUGAUGCAAUUAGUUCAAAUACCUCAGUGUUCCUUUUGUAAUGUAUAGUUGUUUAUUAAUAAUUGUAUAAAUACUAAGCUGUAA